AUGGAAGACCUGCCUAUCGACACUUCCCACCCCGCAGUGAGAGACUACCUCGCUCUCAUCAGACUACAAGUGCUGACACCACUGUCCUUACUCGUCAAUAUCGCUACUCUGAUGGUGUGCACGUUCAUGGUCAACCCAAAUGUUGGUCAAAUAUUCGAACUAUAUCCUUCGUCGAUAACACCACAACCGUACAUGGUCGCCGUCUACAUCGUGGGCAUAUACAUCCUUCAAGUCGGCUAUUGCAUUCUCCUUGUCUUCGCGCGCGCGCCGGAGACGAAACGUGCGCUCAUCAAAGGAUGCGGUAUGCCCCUCAUGCUCUCCAAUUGGGUUAUGGCACUCUGGGCGAUCUCGUGGAUAUUGCAAGCAUUCUUGAUCUCCACCAUAUGCCUGGGCGUCCUUCUUGUCCUGCUCCUCUACUCCAACAUCGUGCUACUCGUCUAUCAUGCACCCACCAACAAACGGCCGUUGGAGAUCGCGUUCAUACACGCACCCCUCCGCGCGUUCCUGCUGCUCCCCCUCAACGUCUUGUUCGCGAACAGUCUCUUUGUCGUUCUAGGAAAGACCUGGUCGCCCGGUGAGCCUCAGCACUACGACCGCGGGCAGUGGUCUGGCCUCGGGGUCGUACUGGGCGUCAACUUGAUCGGCCUGCUCGUCAUCGCCAUGCGCCGCGAUAUCGUCUGGUGCGUCGCCGCCACCUGGAUGUGUGCCAGCUUGUGGAGCCAGUCCCCGAAGCCGUAUCCUAUCAUGGUCACGGCCAUCGCGUUCACCGUGCUCCACCCCGCCGCGCUCGUCAUCUCGGCGCUGUGGGCGUGGUUCCGCGGACGGCGGGGGCCGAGGCGGGGGCCCAUCGCGCUUCCGCCCGACGAGGAGGCGCUGCAGCACGGGCCGAACGGGGCGCCGCAGGGGGAGCGAUCUGCGCGCGAGGUGGACGCAGAGGCUAUCUGGGGAUGA